AGAGGAGUGAAACAGCCCAGCGGCCGCCAAGGUCAGUGCAGAAGGAGUGGAGGAGCUCCAGCUGCUGAAGCCAAAGUUCUCGAUAGUCCAUGGAGAGAACCACGGAGGAGAAGGCUGUCCCCCAGCAGCCCGUGGAGGGUACUGUAGGGGAGCUGGCUGUCCCCCAGCAGCCCAUGGAGGGCACCAUGGGGGAGCAGGCUGUUCCUCCACAGCCCAUGGAGGGGACUGUGGGGGAGCAGGCUGUUCCUCCACAGCCCAUGGAGGGGACUGUGGGGGAGCAGGCUGUUCCUCCACAGCCCAUGGAGGGCACCGAGGGGGAGCAGGCUGUUCCUCUGCAGCCCAUGGAGGGAACUGUGGGGGAGCAGGGUGUUCCUUCACAGCCCAUGGAGGGGACUGUGGGGGAGCACACUGUUCUUCUGCAGCCCAUGGAGGAGACUGUGGGGGAGCAGGCUGUUCCUCUGCAGCCCAUGGAGGGGACUGUGGGGGAGCAGGCUGUUCUUCUGCAGCUCGGGAAGGACCGCAGCGGAGCAGAUCUCCACACUGCAGCCCAUGAAGGAACCCACAGUAGAACAGGUAGCAUCGCCAGUUCCUUUCAGUGCCAGUCAAUCCAUCAAGAUCACAUUUGCAACGAUGAUGGCGACAAGAGCGAAGACGGUCCCAGCCCCAAGCGACAACGCCUUUCCCAUUCAGUCUUCGACUACACGGCGGCAUCACCAGCCUCGUCACCACCAAUGCGACCAUGGGAUAUGACAUCAAAUAGGCAGCCUCCUUUGGCUCGGCCCAACCAACACCACUUCUCAGGGGAACGAUGCAACACACCUGCACGAAACAGAAGGAGUCCUCCUGUUCGACGUCAGAGAACUAGGAGAGAUCGUCUGUCUCGACAUAAUUCCAUUAGUCUAGAUGAAAACUAUCACCAUCUCUCCUAUGGACAGCAGCAAGCAAUAGAAGAGCCCCGAGCUUUUCGCCCACCGAAUGUAUCUCCUCGUAUAUUACGCCCAGCUGUUCACCCACCACAGCAGAAUGCAGUGAUGGUUGACAUUCAUGACCAGAUCCAUCAGGGAACAGUUCCUGUCUCCUACACAGUGACAACAAUGGCUCCACAUGGGAUACCACUUUGCACAGGCCAGCACAUCCCAGCCUGCAGCACACAGCAGGUCCCAGGGUGUUCAGUGGUUUUCAGUGGGCAGCACCUUCCAGUUUGCAGUGUGCCUCCUCCAAUGCUUCAAGCGUGCUCAGUUCAGCACCUACCAGUACCGUAUGCAGCAUUUCCACCCCUUAUUUCUAGCGACCCAUUCCUUUUGCACCCUCCUCAUCUGUCUCCACACCAUCCUCCUCACUUGCCUCCCCCAGGACAGUUUGUUCCUUUCCAAGCACAGCAGUCACGUUCGCCAUUUCAAAGGAUAGAAAAUGAAGUAGAACUACUUGGAGAACAUCUUCCUGUAGGAGGUUUUACGUAUCCUCCCUCAGCUCAUCCACCAACGUUGCCUCCCUCAGCCCCUCUCCAGUUCUUAACUCAUGAUCCUUUACACCAGGAAGUGUCAUUUGGCGUUCCUUACCCACCGUUUAUGCCUCGAAGACUCACAGGGCGCAGCAGAUACAGAUCACAGCAGCCAAUACCUCCACACCCUUACCAUCCUAGUCUACUACCUUAUGUGCUAUCAAUGUUCCCAGUUCCACCUGCAGUUGGACGAGCUUUCAGCAUUGAGCUGGAUGUGGAAGAUGGAGAGGUAGAAAACUAUGAGGCCCUGCUGAAUUUGGCAGAACGCCUGGGAGAAGCCAAACCACGAGGACUGACGAAGGCAGACAUUGAACAACUCCCAUCCUAUAGGUUCAAUCCAAACAACCACCAGUCAGAGCAGACACUGUGCGUGGUGUGCAUGUGUGAUUUUGAGUCAAGGCAGCUACUUAGAGUCUUACCCUGUAACCACGAGUUCCAUGCCAAGUGUGUUGAUAAAUGGCUUAAGGCAAAUCGUACCUGCCCAAUUUGCAGAGCUGAUGCUUCAGAAGUGCAUCGUGAUUAGAGUGACCAAUCUAAGAGCACAAAUCUGGUUUGGGUGUUCCUGGUCAUGUGUAUAUAUGAACUAUCUAUUGAACUUACCCAUGUGGCUUCCAGCCUUUUCCUUUACACAAAAGGGUCAGUGGACCUUACUUUGCACUGUGUGAACUUAAUCAAUUAUAAAGCUUAUAACUAGUCUUCACAUCUACGGGAUUGUUAUACUAACAGUGUGAUUGGAACUCCAAAGAUUUUUUUCUUUAGCUUAAUUUUGUGUGUGCACUAACAUUCCCUGGUUUUUGUGUGAUCAUUCUGAGUGUUGCUGCGAGAUUACUGUGGACGUGAUCUUUUAGCAUGUGCUUUUAUAAAAAAGAAAAAAAGAAAAAAAAAAAAAAGUGGUAGCUCCAAACAGUAUAGCAAUCUACCUUAUAUAGAGCCUUCAGAUACUGUGAGUGGGAAUGAGUGGUGUGAAUGUUGGCUUGUGAGAGGAUGGGUGAAGUGUGCUUGGGAAUGAGUGUGCAUGUGUGUUUGAGAACCUGUAUACCAGCAUGUGCUGAGAACGUAUGUGUGUAGUAUUAAUUAUGCUGCAAUGUAUAAUCUUGUGUGUUAUUUAAACAGUACUAGUACUGUACACUGGUUCCUUUCCUUGUGUUUGCAGUUGCACACAAAUACAAUGGGUGCAGCAAUUACAGACAUUUAGUAUUUCCUCCCCAAUGUACUUACAGGUACUUACCUGUCUACCUGCUAUUCAAACAAGCUGUUAUGCUACCCUUUACUCGGAGGCUUUAAUGCGUACCACUAAAGGGGUCAUUGAUUGUUCAUAGUUGAGUAAUGUCGGGUUUUAGCAUAAGUUACAGAGUUCAGAUUUUUACUUUGCUUAUUUACAAGUUAUUUUAUCAAUGUAAAGUUGCAAUAUCACACAAAUCGUUUAGCAAUAUUAACAUUUCCAAUUGGUAAUUUCAGAAUCAACAUGUUCCUGUUCUCCUUUUCAAUUUUUCUAGUUGGGCUAUAAUUGCAUUCAGUUGAUUUGACAUUAGAGCUGAGUUCUGAAGAUGCUGCAGUUAUGCACUUCUUUCAUGAAAGGAAGCAGAAAGGAUACUGAGGGUCUUGUGCAACAGCCCUUCAUUUUUUGCCAUUGUGCUUGCUAAAUAGAUAAUCCUCUAGCUUACAAGCAUUGGCUUUAAUCAUACACAUUCUUUGUCAUUUACAAAGGAGUUUGUAUACAGUUAAAAUAACUUGUAAGAGGUUACAAUUUUAUUCCUGCUACUUCAUGAAUAAAAUAAAAUUUCUAGCAUUUUCUCAGAGAAGUAGAACUUCUGGUUUUUUGUUGUAUCACAAAAGAGGGUGGUUUUUGGUCACUCAUUGCAGAAUUCAGUUGCCCCGAUGCUGCUUCUUGUCCCUCAUUAUUUUCAUGAUGAGUGUAAUGUGAAGGAGGAACUCCCUUGGUUUUUGCAAUUGAGUUUCCAGAAGACUCUACCGCAGUACGAAACGGGAGCACCUUCUGAACAAAGUGCUGUUAAACAGGAGGUAGCUUCUAUCCAACUGCUUUCUUAAUAGUCUUUUCUUUGUGCUUUUUUU